AUGGUUACCAAAGCCUGGAAACUCUGUCACUGCCGCGUGCACCUGGACUCCCUGGGCAGAGCGGGCGACCUGGGCGACCUCCGCUGGGAGCCGCCCCGGGCCGCCAGCAGCUCGACCCUGGACUACACCUUCGCCUUCCCGCCACCCCGCACCUCCAAGGAGAGCCUAGCCUACAGCGAGAGCGAUUGGGCGUCCGGCCUGGACGACUACGACAGGAGGCCCAAGUCCUCUUACCUGACCCAGACGAGUCCCCAGCCGGCCAUGCGGCAGAGAUCCAAGUCGGGCUCAGGGCUCCAGGAACCCUUGAUGCCAUUCGGAGCAAGUGCAUUUAAAACCCACCCCCAGGGCCACUCCUACAGCUCCUACACCUACCCGCGCCUGUCUGAGCCCAGCAUGUGCAUUCCGAAGGUGGACUAUGAUCGAGCACAGAUGGUCCUAAGUCCUCCACUGUCUGGGUCUGACACCUAUCCCAGGGGCCCCUCCAAACUACCUCAAAGUCAAAGCAAAGCGGGAUAUUCUUCAAGCAGCCACCAGUACCCUUCUGGGUACCACAAAGCCAGUCUGUACCACCACCCUUCCCUGCAGACCAGUUCACGGUACAUCCCCACUGCCUCCCACCUGAGCUCCCUUAGCAUCUCACCCAGCACCUACCCUCCACCCAGCUGGGGCUCCUCCUCAGACCAGCAGCCCUCCAGGGUGUCACAUGAACAGUUUCGGGCUGCCCUACAGCUGGUGGUCAGCCCAGGAGACCCAAGGGAAUACUUGGAUGACUUCAUCAAAAUUGGAGAAGGAUCAACAGGCAUCGUGUGUAUUGCAACUGAGAAACACACAGGGAAACAGGUGGCAGUGAAGAAAAUGGACCUCCGAAAGCAACAGAGGAGAGAACUGCUUUUCAAUGAGGUUGUGAUCAUGCGGGAUUACCACCAUGAUAAUGUGGUCGACAUGUACAACAGCUACCUUGUUGGUGAUGAACUUUGGGUGGUCAUGGAGUUUCUAGAAGGUGGUGCCUUGACAGACAUCGUGACUCAUACCAGAAUGAAUGAAGAGCAGAUAGCUACCGUCUGUCUGUCAGUUCUGAGAGCCCUUUCCUACCUUCACAACCAAGGAGUGAUUCACAGGGACAUCAAGAGUGACUCCAUCCUCCUCACUAGUGAUGGCCGAAUAAAGUUAUCUGACUUUGGUUUCUGUGCUCAAGUUUCCAAAGAGGUGCCAAAGAGGAAAUCACUGGUGGGCACCCCCUACUGGAUGGCACCUGAGGUGAUUUCUAGGUUGCCUUAUGGGACAGAGGUGGAUAUCUGGUCCCUUGGAAUCAUGGUGAUAGAGAUGAUUGAUGGUGAGCCCCCUUAUUUCAAUGAGCCUCCUCUCCAGGCGAUGAGGAGGAUCCGGGACAGUUUACCUCCAAGAGUGAAGGAUCUACAUAAGGUUUCUUCAGUGCUUCGGGGAUUCCUAGACCUGAUGUUGGUAAGGGAGCCCUCUCAAAGAGCCACUGCCCAGGAACUCCUUGGACAUCCAUUCUUAAAAUUAGCAGGUCCACCAUCUUGCAUCGUUCCCCUCAUGAGACAAUACAGACAUCACUGAACAAAGGAUUUCUGUAGGUGACAAAGCUAGGUAAAGACAUGAAAAUAAUUCAGGAGAACACGAGGAAAACCACAGAACAUGCAAAAGGCCUGUGCAUUCUAGACCAGCUGACUGGUGGGACAGUGUGAUGACCGGCAGGGUUCGACAGACCAGGGCAUCUUCUUGUGUCUUAAUAGGCAUCUCUCCACUGACAGCUGGCAUGGUCAUUUGGAGCAUGGCUUUAAUAGGUCAUUGUUAUAUUUUCAGCCCUUCAUCCAGCAAAUCAGAAGGACUCAGUACAAACUCCGUUAUGAUAUAUCCUAGCCACAUGCAGGGUACCACAUAGGAUUUUCUAUAUUGAAAGAAUACUUUUCUGGCAAAAAAAAAGAAAGAAAGGAAAACAAAAAAGCACUUUUUUCUUAAUGGUAGCAGUGUAAUGUAUUUUGCAAUGAAUUUGUAAUUUUUCUGUACGAUAGUUUUGAUAAUUUAUAGUACUUUGAUGUCACGUAGCCAUUGUAUCAGUUGAGGUAAUACUUGUUUACUAGCAGGAGUUUGAACAAAGCUUUUCCUACUUUUUUAUCCCUUUCAGAAAAACCAACGAUUCUUUAGGAACUUUGAAUACUGAAGGACUCUCAAUCACCGUCAGCUUUAGUAGAAUACCUUUCUUAUCUUAAUAAGUGUCUUAUGUGAUGGAAGAAUUAAGAGUGAUGGUGAUGGUGUGCAUGUUUCAUUUAUCCAACCAAAAGCAAUGAAACAAAAUUUGAGCCACAGUAUGCCACCAAACUAUUUCUCGGGAUAAAGCUAAAUAUUUUGAAAAAUCGUAUUUUCCUUCAAGGCUUCUAAUGGAAAAUCACUUUUUGCACACCAGGAUGUUAUCCUGUCCACCCUAGAAUGGGCACUACAUCCCUUAGUGGCCAAAUUUCCCUCCCAGGGAACAAUUUUCAGUGCUAGAAUCAUUGGACCCAGUUCCCCAAAUUGAAUGUUUCAUUGAGACCUUGGGAACUCCAGGCUCACCAAGAGAGAGAAGAGUGAACAAGGCAAGAUGUUUGGUUCUGUUUGUCACUGUUUUUUAAACUCUGUAUGCUAGCACACCAAACUCUUGUCUGUAUUUACCUUCAUACCACAGUAUUAUGUGUCGUGCUGGAAGUCUGAAUUGACGCUAGAGGGUGAAUUAGCAAGGGAUUUUUUUUUUCCCCAGGUAUGAUCUGAUUUCAGUUUGUGAACAUGUUAUAAUGUGUUUCCGGCAUAAGAGAGUUGUGCUGCUGUCUAGAUCUUCUUGAAUGUUGAUAAAAAUGAAUGACUACUACAAUACAUUUUGUGUUGCUUGUUGGAUGAAUUUGCAUGUUAACUGUAGGUCAAUAUAGAUUUGCCUUUAAAACUCUGGAGGAGCUACAUAGUCAUCAUUAGUUUUAUUAAUUAUGCAUCAGACAAAAGCCAUUUGUUACCAAACUGGAAAACCAGAGGCUUUUCUUAAUAACUUCAUAUACUGUAACAAGUAUGAAUUUAAAUUUGUGAAAAUUCUCUGGUUGCUCUAAGCAUAAUUAAGAAUUUUGUAAUUAAUAGGUUGCUAAUUAUUUAUUAUAGUUAAAAGGAUAAAAGGCAUAAAAUGACCUUUGACUGAUUAGAUUUUCAGUUUUCCCCAAAACUGGAAAUGCACCAUACAUAAGAUUUAUAAUUUUGUUUCAUAAAACACAGCAAAUCAAUGUUUUAUGUAAAAUAUUAAAGCAUUAAUAUAAAUAUGUGAGAAUAAAAGCAAUCUAAAUCAAAAAAUGGCAGUUCUAAAAGUUCAUGAAACAUUUGUCUUAAUUUAACAGCACUAUGUAGAAGUAGAAAGAAAAUACUUUUUAACCAGGACAGACACUAAAAUCAUUGCAGAAAAUAGUGGAUUUUGGAUUCAAACAUUGUGGACAGUGCAAUGGAAAUUUUUUCUGUAAUUUUCUUAUCAUUGGGUAUUUUUUAAAGUAUAUUCAUUGAGUUAACUGAAAUUAACUCUCGUUUAAAAGGAUCUGUGAGCACUAUUAGCAGAAACUGCACUUGCAAAUAAAAAUAAACAUUUGCCUUUUCUCCCAUUGUUAUUGU